AACGAUCAGAUACCCACGCGCUUCGCGUAAGCCAAUCACAUUCACGCAUCAAAUUCAGGAACUGAUUUUUCUAAGGAAAUUUGUUUCGUUCGUAGCCGCUUUGUAAGAUUAAAAUGGCGAAGUUGCGGUCUUGCUUACUUUUAGUGCUAGGGCAUUUUGUGAGUAUCGUCAUUUCCUCGAGCAUUGAACUUCUGGAGUGCGAGCCACCUAAUUAUCCACAAUGGGGAGGAUAUGGUCCAAGGCAAGAUUUCUAUAUUCCUGGAGAUGUAAUUCAUUAUUACUGUGACACUGACACGUAUAUCGGAGGAAAUUUUUACAGAGUUUGUGAAGAUACCGGUGAUUGGAGCGGUGAUACACCUGUUUGCGAUGCUCCGGCAACUUUUUCGUUAGUCAAUCAGACCAGCACGGUAGAACCUGUUCAAGAAAACGCAGCAGAAAAUGCAAUAGAUGGUUUGAGAACUACCUGUUCUUCCACCACAGCUGGACAAGGAUCUUCAUGGAUUGGAAUUUUAGAAAAUCCUGGACAACUCAUUCGAGUGAUGAUUUUCUUACCUAAAGUGGAUGUAUCAUACGAAGUUUUUAUGGUAAAAGCCAAUGGAGAUGAGAUGAGCUGCGGAUCUAAGACGGCGAAAAUAGAUCGAUUCAAAUGGGAAUUUCACAACUGUCCGGAGCCCCACAACACAGGUGUUGUGGGCGUGAAGAUCAGAUCUUUGUCAGCAGCUCCUUUGCAGCUUUGUGAAGUUGCCCCUUAUGUACUCACAGAUCCGACUUGUGUAGAUCCGCACGUACCGAUCGAGAAUGGCAGGCUUCAGCUCAAUCGUAAGUUCGCAUCCCUAGUAUGUGAUGCCGGCUAUACUCGCAGCCCUGCUACCCGUUUGGAAUGUGUACGUACAGGCGUAUGGAAUAGAAAAACAUUGUAUUGUCUAGAAAGACAAUGGGAAGUCGAGAACAGUAAUUCCAACAACCCAGAAGUGGUUGAUAGGGAGCCUCAGUCAGCACCUGGAAGACUAGAGACUAAAUAGACAGACUAGAGAAUAAAUAAAAAUGUUUUUAUUAUGAUACAAAAUAAUGCGUAUCUGUAGUGGAAUAUUUUGAAUAAAAUAUUUAGAUAUAAAAA